AUGGCCAGUCAAAACGAAGUUGUCUACACUGAAAUCGCAAAAAUCGAUCGCCAGAGCAUUGUGAACAUCAUCGGAGUUUGCAAUUUUGUGGACAACUAUCGGAUUGAACGGCCUACUGGCGUUCCGGUAUGAAUUAUAUGGAAAACUGUUGAUGAGAGGAUUUUAGAAUAUUCAUUUUGAUAUUUUCGACAAAAAUGGGGAUGGCAUCCGUGUGUACGCUUUUUACGAGCUCGCAAAAGGAAUACUGAACAGAGUUCAGCUUAAUAAGGUUACAAACUCAUUUUUAUAAUUAAAAAAUAACUAUUACAAUUCUGCAGACGUACGCGAUAACCAGCGUCUCUGUUCAACCGAAAGACCCGUAUUUUAACUACCUCCAUGAAUUCAAGGAGCUGAUCGUCACAAGUCAUACGAAAGUUUGUGACACAAAAAAAAGUGAUUUGAAAUAAUUUUGUAGAUCAUGGAAGUCAGGGAAGAUGGCAUGGUGGUGCUACCACCUCGGAAAGAAUACGAAAUAAUAGCCCUGAAUGAGGUUCCAGUGGGUCAAAAUGUUGGUUUCGCCGUCAUGGGCAAGCUGACGUGGGUCGGCUCGUUGAGAUUUGUGAGUGACGGAAAAAUUGAGAAAAUUCUCUAACGCCUUAGCAAUAUUCAUGUAAUCUUCCUGUAUCUAUAAGAGUCGAAAAAAGUCAAAACUUUUAGAGUUUGCGGCAAAAUUUUUUCAUUGAUUGCCUUCAGAGAUCUCUCAAAAGCUUGAUUUUUUCUUUCAACUUAACAAAAUAAAAUUUUUUCAGAUUGACACAAGAUGGGAGGAAAAUAUCGCCAUCGUUAAUGUUCGCUUGAUAGAUAAAUAUGGAGGAGAAUGCAAUCUUUCAAUAUUGGGCAAAAGUGCUCAUGAAGUCACGGUCAAAGACUUGGGAUGUGUAGUGGUCGUUUCUGGCGUCAGGGCCAGAAAUUAUGAAGGUUUGUUGAAUUAAAAAAAAAAUCAUAAAACAACUUUUGAAAAAAAAAACAUGACUUCCUCUGUUCCAUUCGCUUUGCUGAAGUCAGACUUGAAAUUAUUAGAAAACGGUUUUUCCUAGAAACUUAUACAUACAGUUCUGAUUAAAGUCGAUUCCGUCUCUUUUUUUAUCCUAUUUUUCCCGUUCAAACUAUCUAAACUAAAUUUUUAAAAUAUAAUAAAAAAACAGUCUUUCUCCGCAUUUUUUUACUCAUGGGUUUUUCAUUUUCCGCCAACGAAAGCAAGAGUCAGGAAAAAAACGGUAUAGAAAAAAAGAAAAAAAUCCAAGAUUCCUCGAAUUCUAUCUCAUUUAGUUAUUAUAUAAAUCAUAUACUUUUAUUUACAGGAAAGCUGAGUUUGAGGAGUUUACCAAACGUAAAAAUAACGGUGUACAGACAUCUGAAGGAUGCCUGUUAUAUACAAAAAAAAUAUGGCGUUGAGAGGAGAAACAGAACGACGGAAACUCCGGAAGAAACAGUGGCCCUCCCAGAAUCCCCAAGAACAAAAUUGCUCAGUGAAUUGCAAUUUCGUGGUUUUCCUUGUUUUUGGCCUUUUAUUCCAACUAUUCUUCGAUUUUUUACUCCAAUCACUCCCGAAGUUAUCAAGUUUUGAUCAAACCGCUCUUCGAAAACUUUGAAAAAGUUUGAGAAAAAGAUUCUUUGAAAACUUAGCUAUCUUUCAAUCAUUUUGUUACGUCUAUACGGUUUUUUAUGGAUCCUCUAAUCUCGCCAUUUAUUAUCAAAGCUUUAAAACUCCCCGUGAAAUAAAUAUUUCCAUAUUUUUUUUCAAGAAGAACUCUAAAUUGAACAAAUUACAUCAACAGAAAAUUUGGAAGUGUUUCCUGGUGUAUACAUGAAGUUGAAAAUAUCGCUAAUUUCAUUUCAAAAAUUUCCGAAUUUGACUGGAAACUACAAAAGUUUUUCAGAUAAGUUUUAAAAAAAAAGUAAUAAAGUAAAAAACUCAUCUUUUUUCUCUACAAGAAGUCAGAAAUGGGCAUCAUAGCAACAAUAAGAUUGGUUAAAGAAUGUAACAACCGAUUUCGAAUCACUGAUAGUUCCUUUAUGCCCAGUCCUGUAUCCCAUCAGAGUAACCGUCAAAGUUUACUGAAAAAAAGAUAAAUUAUUGAUUUGAAUCUUACAGAAGUCCGAACUGGACAGUUCAAUGAAAUAUCAGAAAGAGCUUUAUCGAAAUUUAUAUUUGAAUAAACGUCUUCGAAUUAAUACAAGCGAUUUCCACUCUUUUCUGACAUCCUCAUGCCCUGUGCAGGCCUGCCUAGCUCUGUCUCUUGUAGAAGCGAUCGAUCGCUGAAAAAUGAGAGACUGAUUCGAGUUUUGUAGAUUAAAUACAUUUUUCAAGUGAAUGAGAAAAUAUCUUUCUCAAUUCCUAGAAGCCGUUCAACCAGUUGAACUGUAAAUGAUCGAUAAAAUUUCUUAAGAAACGAAAACGCGGACAAAGCAAUUAGAAAGUCAAAUUUCAUUCCAAAAUCAAAUAUAUAUCACAUUUAUUGAAAAACGCGUUGAAUAAAUUUAAAACUAAACAAAAAGUAUUAAAUAACUUUCUGAAACGAUAAGAUGACCAUUCUGGGGCCAAAAACGAAAGUGAAAAUAAAAUAGCGAAAGAUUCUAAUGCCUUGCAAGCUUGUUUUCCAAGUAAUUUUCGCCAAAUGCAAAACAGUCUCCGACUCUCAAAACCAUUUUUUCCUUUCUCUGACGGCCAUUUCACAUUUCGCGGAAUCACUUUGAACACGGAAUAAGAUUCAAAACAAGCAAAAAAAAAAUCGAAUUGGAAAAAACGGGUAUUUUGAGCGCGCUCGAGCGCGAGCUCUUUCUCUCGCGAAGCGGCUUUCGGCGCGGUAUGGGUCUCAAAUGGAAGAGCUUUUGGGAAUUAUUUAACUCUUGGCUUUCAUUAGCGUUCCAUCCUCUGAUUCCCUGUUCAAAGUGAUUCCGCGAAAAGCAAAAUACCCGUUGAGAUAGAAAAACAUAACGAAUAUUUAAAGAGUCAGAGAUCAUUUUGCAUUUCACGGAAAUUACUUUGAACACGGCAUGAAUUUCUCUCAAAAACUUUUUUGGAGUUCUAAGAGCAUUUCACGCAUAAAAGUUUCAUUGUAUUAUGAAUUUGAAUUUUUUGUCUUUCAAUUGUCAAAACCGUUAGAUUAGUUUUUCUCUGUCAAGUAAAAUGUUUGAUAAAUUUCCAGAAUGAAUAAUGAAUGCGGAAUUCACUACACUCGGAUAGCUGACAUCGAUUGCCAGAACACUGUGAAUAUCAUCGGCGUUUGCAAUUUCGUUGAAAAAUAUCGUAUCACAAGUGACACUGGAGCUCCGGUAUGAUUUAGAAAUGAAUAAGGUAUGAAAAAAAUUGAGAAAAUUUUCUUCCACAUUUACGACAAGAAUGGGGAUGGGAUUCGAAUCUACGCAUUUCACGAAAUGGCGAAAGGAAUUUUGAACCAAGUUCAGCUGCACAAGGUUUCAGCUUUACUUUCAUGGUUCUAAAAAAAUUUACUACAUUCCCAUUUUGCAGACCUAUUCAAUAGCGUGCGUUGCAGUUCAGGAAAAAGAUUGUUACGUGAAUUAUCUGCAUAAAAAUAAAGAACUACUCAUCACGAAAAAUACAAAAGUUUUCAAUUGGAGAACAUUAAUUUGAGUGAAACUUUUUCAGAUAACUGAAGUGAGGAAAGCUGAAUUCUGGGUUUUACCGCCUCAAAACGAGUUCGAAAUCGUAACGCUCGAUAAAUUGCCGAUAGAUCAGCCUGUUGGAUUCGCAGUGCUCGCGAGGAUUACAUGGGUCGGCGAAUUGAAAUAUGUAAGUGAGAAAAUUGAAAAAAGAUUUUUUUAAAAGUUAUAUUCGUUUCCAAAGGUUCUUUUAAAAUGAAGUUCAAUAGAUCAACACGAUAAUCGAAGAUGAUGUUCCGCUUCUGAAAACAUGGAUUGUCGAUGUAACUGGAACUUCUUGUAAACUGUCCUUAUUGGGAAUUUCGGCCUACGAAAUAACGCCAAAAGACCUUGGAAACGUCGUCCACGUCUCUGGAGUCAAGGCCAAGACGCACCAGGGUUUGUCGAGUAAAAAAGGAUUUCAGUUUAACCUGUUAAAAAAAUUCCUAGUGAAAAGUAAAGUAUUUUUGGCGAAGUUUUCUAGAAACCCUGGAAUACAGAACAUUGGAAGGAACUUCGCAAUAGGGCCGUUCUUGAGUUUUGUCGUUUUGAAUUUCAAGUUCAAUAGAAUCUGAACUACUCAGUUUAGACGAGUGUCGUCAGAAGUGCAACAGGUCAAUGAAAACACAAAUGAAAGUUGUUUGAACUUUCGAAAGAUUUUAAUAACACUGGAAAGGCUCUUCGUCUUGAAGCCUUGAUGAAAUGAGCGUAUUUCUCUGAAAUGCUGAAAUUUGAUUUUACUACAAGCUGUUUCUGGAAUCAGAUGCCUUGAUAUGGUUUUUGUUUUUCAUCUUUGGACAGUUUAAAGAGAUUUUAGAAUGCAUUUUCGUUACGAAAGUUGAAACCUUUUUUAAAAAAUGUUCAUUACUAAAAGAUCAGAAAAAAGAUAACCCAAACCUUCUUUUCCAAUAGUUAAGGCCAAAAUCAAUUUUUUUUUUUCAGGCGAAACUCUACUAUGUACUCUGUGCAACGUCAAAAUCACCGUCUACAGACAUUUGACUAGGGCGAAACUCAUCCGUAAACAUUACGGCCGUGUCAAGGAAAAACCCGCGGAAAAAGCCGUGGAAGAGAAAGUCAGGUUCAUAAAACCAUCCAAAGAAGGCCGCGAUGAGUUUUUCUACCUUAAAUACUUUGUUAUUUUUCUGUUGUCAUGCUUCAUGUUCCCGUUUUUAUUCAGAUUGUUUGUUGGCUGAUUUUUUCAUCGAUAUUUUGUCAUAAGUCGAAUCUCGCCCGGAAAAAUUUUAUCAUUGCAUAUUACGUUGUAUUAAUUUGAAUAUCUUUUUCAGAAAUGAACUCUUCAAAAAAAGCUUUGAUAUUUGCAAAGAAAAUAUGACGAAAUUCAAUCAAAAAAAAAUCCAGGAACUUUUGAAAAAAAAAUUUUUCAAAAAGUGUUUUUAUUAUCAAUAGUAAGCUACUUUUUUUAGUGUUUUUUUCUCGAAUUUUCGCCGAGUUUCGGUUAAUUUUUUUCGCUCAUUCAGGUCUUCCAAUUUUUCGCUCAUUCUGGUCUUUUUUUCUACAGUGAUUGGAAAAAAAUUGAAGAAAAAAAUAUUUUUUUAAACGAAUUUAUGAUUUUUCUAAUGGAUUCUCUCUUGGAAUUCUUAACAAUUUCAUCCCAAAAGCUUGAAAAAUGAUCAUUUUUCACAUAAAACUUGAUCAAAAAGACUUUUUUUUAAGUUCGUCCGGUUUUUCUUCUGAAACUUUUACUAAUUUCAUCCCAAAGAUUUACAAGAAAAUACAGCCUAUUCCGCGCCAGCUUGUCACGUUUUUUUCCGCCAAAAAGACCGUAUACCAAAUUAGAUCAAAUUUCUGCUUUUAUGACGGCAAGAAACGAAGGUCUUGAAGCGAAAGUUGGUUAAAUUUGACCUGGCCUUUUGGCGGGAAGAAAAACGUGACAAGCUGGCGCGGAAUGGCCUAUAAAUUUGAAUCUUUUGCGAUUGUUUGUGUGAAAACUUAUUACACAAGUCCUCACAUUUCCGAUUUUCGUCUUGACAGAAAAUACACUCAAUUGAAAAAGAAACCGAUAUGGGAGUAAUUCACACAAUCUUGCCGACUCGUGACCCCGGCGGUGACCAAAAACGCGAAAUUGACACCUCGCUUCAGACUGGUACUGACAGGGCUCAAAUUAUGUCCGGUGAGGCAAAAAGCGCGAGCCUGAGGCUCGCAGCCCGCCUUCUUUGCCCUUAAAUAGUCGGUAUCGCGAAGUUUGGGAACAGUUUCUGUCGCUGAACCACUCAACUUCACGAUGAGCUCUGCUGUGACUCCUGUUCGAGCUGUUCCAGCCGCUCCGAGGUUUGACAGCCUGGCCAAAGCUCCGCUUCGCAAGGAGCUUCGUCGAUCUAUGGGUAGGGACCGCAAAGCCACGCCCCUUUUCGCGAUAGAAAAAGUGGCUUUUUUUUGGUUUUCAACUUUCAUUUUGUUGUAGUUGCAAAAUAUAUGGAACUGGCUAAUAAAAUUUGACACACAUGUACGAAAAAGCUUCCUCUUUCGUUUGAAAAAUAUUUCACGCUUUUUUGAUGCGUUCUCGCGGAAUGUCGUACAAAAAAACGUGAAUGCAACUAAAAAAAUUUUUUUGUCAUUUUUUUGCUUUUUUUAUGUGUUUUUCAGGUCGAACGCACUCUUUCUUUUUUUAUAUAAUGAUUUUUGAUUCAAGUAACGGUAAUUUUAAAACAAUAAAAUAAAAACAUUCGUCUUUGCCAAAAAAACUUUAGGGAGUGCCGAAAGUCAUAAUUCAAAAAUAUCGUUAAUAAGCGAAUAUAAUCGAGUUUUUUUAUUUUUUUCAAAAUUUAGACCAUGAGCUUACUUAAAUUUUUCUUCACAGCAUCUGCGCUUGAAACAGUUGUUUAAUACACAAAAAUGCUCUUGAAACUAGAGAAUAAAAUUAGCGGCGUUUAUCACACAGAAAGCGGUCGAACGCAGGUUUUUCAAACGAUUAUAUACAUUUAUUAGUAAAAAAUCUUUUAAUUAAAAGAAUAAAAUAAAAAAUUCGUCUUUGCCAAAAAUUUACGGGGCCGUUUUAAGGCAGCGAUAGUUAAACGAGGAAAAAAGCACUAAAAAACAGUUUUUUCGAAGUGAAUUUUCACGGAAAGUUUGAGUAAAGGUUUGCGAACAUAUUCUGAUAAAAAUAGCUGAAUUACUUCAAGUUUUUAUUUUUGAAAUAGGCAAUCUGUGCUAUUCAAACGGCUCAAGGGUAUGGCGGAUGGAGGCUCCUCUCGCUAGACCUAACAGCUUGGCGCAGCGCGUGCGCUGCGAUUUUUCGUUUUGAGGUCGCGAGUUCGAUGCCCGCAGGCAGCAGUUUUUGAUUUUUCUGGAAAAUAGCGACUUUUUCGGCAAACUAGCUGAUGAGCAUCAUUUUAGCACUCCAUUAUGAUUUGUUACAUAAUAAUAGACCAAUAUCAAAAACUUGUUCUAGAAGAAAAAAAUCGAGACAAAUGUCAAAAAAAUGGAUAAUACCAAAAUUUCAGUACUAAAAAAAUGGUGCGCGGGGCGCCACAUUUUUUUCGUCAUAACUUUUUUUCAUCCUCAAUCUUUUUGAAAAAAACUAAACGGUUCUGAGUUUUUGAAUCGAAACAGCUAUCAAACCAUACAAAGCUCAAGGCUGAAAAAAAUUUUUUUGAAAAAUUCGUCUGCGGUCCCUAUCUAUGGGUUCGUUUUUUUGUUUUUCAAAUUUCUAGCUUCUACAAGACCUUUUGAGCCAAAUUUAUUAAAAAAAACGUAAAUUCCUUUCACGUUUCCGCCUAGUUUUUUUAAGGCUCCGAAAGGCCAAAUUCAAAUUUUCUUCACUUCAAUUAUUUUUGAGCCCUUAUAACUCGAAAUCAAAAGGUUGAAAUUUUGUUUCCUUCUGUGAAUCACAUCGCAGAUUUCAUUAAAAGUUUUAAAACUGUUAUUUUCGAACUUCCACUUUCAGAUUUUUUUUUUCUAACUCUCUUGAAGGGUCUAGCUCUAGGAAAUUUUUUGUUACGUCAAAAUUUGCUUGAGCCUUUUAUCCUAACCAUUCAUAAUUUUUUCGACACUGAAUCUUGAAUUUUCAGGUAGAAUGGGAUUUUCCAUCAAAUUUUAAACUUCUUUUUUAAAAAAAAAAUUUUCUUUACCAAAAAAGCCACCUUUUUGGGGUGAUUAUGCGAAUUUUUCCAAACAAAUAUUCCUUUUUGUUUAGUUUCUCCUUCAUAACGUUUGAUUAAUCCGAGCAAAUAAUGACCCCAAAAAUCAGAUAUAGCUUUCAAACCAUAAAAGUGCUAUGCUACUUUUACGAGAAAUAUAACUCUUAUUGAUCUUUUUUUAUAUCCUUCUCUCUAAAAUAAUCGAAGCCAAUGAAGUCAUAGAGCCAAAAAUGAUAGCGUGAGGAAAAUCGCCAAAAUUUCCAGAUGCCACUACCAAAACUUCCAAGAAGGGCACUCGGAAAAGCCUCGACUUCGCCGCCGACCUGAGCCCAGCUUCACAGAAGAAGAUUCGCAGUACUAAAGGACCUGCUUCUUCUGACGUCCAGAAGACGUCUUUUGUACUGAAGACACCGGCGCGCACCAAGAUGGCCCCAGAAGACGACGAAAAGCUGACUUGGGCUCCAGUUCGGAAGGCUGCUCGUCGUUCUUCACGUAAUUUUUGGAUUUCUAUUGCUUUUCAAUAAAAGAAAUUUUUCAGAAGACGACAAGCCACCAGUUUAUUCGCUAACCAUGGAAAACUCUUCCGGAGAUUUUUGA